AGUACUACAGAUAUUGUUUGAGGGUUUCGAAGAUUAACAAUAGAUAAUUUAAAAACUAUCACAUUAAACAAUGAUUUAUUAAGUUUUACAUUAUAUUUUUGGGUUGAUGACAUGCAGACACCUAAAUUGCAUGCAAGGUAUAGUUUAAGACACCUAGGUGCAACCCAACUAGCAUCCUUGGGUGGAUUUCAUCUCCAAGUUUAGAAAACAUCUCUCUUUAUUUCAUGGGUCAGUGAAUAAGGCAGAUGUGGGUCAUCAGCACUGACAGUUUGCUGAGCCUUCAUUGCUUUAAUAGCCCAGGAAAUGUCAUAGCUCAAGCUAUCCCAGGCUUGCCUGUCCCUCAGGGCAAGACACUGAAUACUAAUAAGCAUUGCUUCUCCCAUGACCCAGAUUUGUUUGGGUAAAUAGAGAGCUGUUUGGAAACAUGGGAAAUAUGUACAAAAAAACUCUUCUAAGAUGACCUUCUCAGUCAGGGUCUUUUUCAUGAAGCAUUCCAUCUCAGGUAUAAGCUGCAAGCAAGACUAGACACUUGCCCAUUACCAUAGUUGGAGAGACUGAAGUGUCCUCAUGUGACUGCCUUGACAUCUUCAUGCAGAAGCUUCACUACAGAAGCAGUUUUGAGUAAGGGAUCCAGCUGUAAAUGAUGUAGAUAAGUAUAGAGGAUGAGGGCUGCAUGCUGCGCUCUUUAAUUAGAACAGGAAGAUGCAGCGGCAGCGACUGGGCCAAGUCUGCCACGGGGGGAAGAGCAGAGCCUGUUCAGAGAGACUUAACUUUACCCAGAGGAACACCAAAUCCACUAAGAACUGCAGAGAUGAGCCAAGCUUUACUGUGCAUAAAUCUGUGCUGGCACAACAAAAACAUUGGCCAGAGGGAUCUACUCCACUAUGCUCAAAUUUGGAGAAGCAGCAUCUGUCAAGACAAUAGCCUCUCCUCCAAGCGUUCCAUUGCAGAGGCGAGAGCUCUGACAUGUGGUUCCCGGGCUCAGAUGAGACCCAGGCUCUGAGCGACUCUCGGGAAGGUAGGCCUCUCCUGCGACAGCAUCAACACAUUGCCGUGUGUCAGCAAGAGACGUUGGCCUUCAUUGACCUUCAACAGCCAAGCGUUAAUGGUUUCCAAUCAUGCACACCAGAAAACUGUUCCUCUCUUUGCUCCAAGCCUGUCAGAUGCAAUGGAAGCAGUCCAUCUGAUUUUGCCAAGAAUGGGAGUACAGACACAACACUGGACAAUUAUUUGACCCAGGAUAGCAAUAAUGUGGAAGGGGUUCAAGAUCAGAUGUGGACAUCCAUUACUGCCUUACCUGAAACGGUUUAUGAAAAACCUGAACCAGGAGUUAAGGGACUAAGUUCUCGAGACUUGUUUCUGCCUCUGUCCUCUACAUAUGCACCUGAGAACAGGAACUCUUUGGAGCCUCAGCAGCAGAGCUCCCCCUCUUCCCCCUUAGAGUUCCAGAGUUUGGACCCAUUUCGCCCUCAAAGACGCACAUCUUUGGGAUCCAUAAAGGAGAAGUCCAUAAGGCGUAAGAUGAGGGUGUACUCUCCAGACACUAUGAAUGAUGAGUCUCUCAGCAGUCCAGGCGUGGAGUGUGAUUACCUGCUUCCAACAUCCUUCGAAUCAUUCGUAGAAGGAGGCCUUGGCAUGGUGGGUUCUACCAUACCCACAUCCAAUAGUUUCAGCUCUCUCCCAGAGGUAGAUGAGGACCUUUCUCUUCUUGCCUUACCAACGCCUCCGAAACCUUUCUUAGAUCCCCUUCAGGAGGGUGCCAGAUUGGAGGGGGGUGUAUAUGAUGGGGGGAGGCAGAGGUUGGGCCUGGAGGACUGCGGGGCUCUGGAAGGCCCUGCCCUUAACAGUGGGACCUCACUGCCUCUGUCCCGUUCUCGCUCGGCAGACAACGAGCGCCGGCGCUUCUCUGCCUCUGAGCUCAUCUCUCGUCUACAACUCUCUCAGAGGAAAAACUCUUUUACCCUUAAGCUGGGCAAGUCUCUUUCUGCUCGUGUGGCCUCCCGGGACCGCCACCUGUCUGGAAACCUCAGCUCAGACUACAAACCCAGCUCCAAACAUCGCUUCUCAGGGGGAUCAAGUGACAGUGCACCACAUAGUCCGGUGGUGUCUGCACCACCUCUGCCCUCUGCUGACUGUAAUCUGCCACAACAAAGGAGGAGUUCCAAGCAAAGUGUGAGAAAGAGUUCCAUUGAUGAGGAUGGAGACAGUCCUCCCAGUAGCUCUAAACGCCUGUCACGCUUCUUGCCAAACUUGAUUUUGUAUCAGGAAUACAGUGACGUUGCUAUCAACAGAGAGAUACAAAGGCAGCAGGGGGCAGAGCCAGGAACCGAUGAAGAAAGAGGAGAGUCUGUGUCCUCUGGCAACCUGUCUCCAUCCAGUUCAUUCCGCUCAUCUCGAGGCUCCGCCUUUUCCCUUUGGCAAGAUAUUCCUGAUGUUCGGUCCAGUGGACAACUUGACAACUUCAGCAAUGAAGAGCGUAAACUACAGGAGGCCAAGUUUGAGUUGGUGACGUCGGAGGCCUCAUACAUACGCAGCUUGUCUAUUGCAGUUGACCAUUUCAUGAUGUCUCCUGAGCUGUGUGAGUGUCUUGGGACACAGGAGAGGCAGUGGCUCUUCUCCAAACUGCCUGAUGUGAAAGAAGUCAGUGAGAGAUUUCUUCAAGAUUUGGAGCAUAGGUUAGAAGGAGACAUUCUGCGUUUUGAUGUGUGUGACAUCGUCCUUGACCACUGUCCUGCACUGCGGCGGGUUUAUCUGCCUUACGUCACCAAUCAAGCCUAUCAGGAACAGACAUAUCAGCGGCUGCUACAAGAGAAUCCCCGUUUCCCUGGAAUACUUGCCCGCCUGGAAGAGGACCCAAUAUGCCAGAGGCUGCCUCUUACAUCAUUCCUUAUCCUUCCUUUUCAAAGGAUCACACGCCUCAAAAUGCUAGUUGAGAAUAUCCUAAAGAGAACAACGCCUGGAUCACGAGAUGAGGACACUGCCACCAAAGCACUUAAUGAGCUCAAAAAGAUAAUAAAGGAAUGUAACUCCAGUGUGCAGUCCAUGAAGAGGAUGGAAGAACUAAUUCAUCUAAACAAGAAAAUACACUUUGAGGGCAAGAUUUUUCCUCUCAUCUCUCAGUCUCGCUGGUUGGUCAAACAUGGUGAACUGCUAGAAGUGGACACACAGAACUUGAGUAUUUCUGGGUCCAAGUUUAAACUUACCACUCGGCCUGUGUACCUUCACCUGUUUAAUGACUGUCUUCUGCUGUCCCGAAGGAAGGAAACGUGGAAGUUCAUGGUGUUUGUACAUGCAAAGAUUGAAGACCUCAAGGUGAAAGAUCUAAGCCAGAAACUUCAGGGAAUCUCAGGCUUCAUCUUCUAUCUGCAGUUAUGUGAGGGGCAACAGCUAAAACACCAGAUUCUGCUCAAGUCACCCACAGAGAGCAGCAAACAGAGGUGGAUAACAGCCAUGUUUCCCGCCAGUCCAAAGACAACUAUUGAGCAGACCAGUGAGAAUGAUGAUCUAUCUCAAGUCCAGUGCAUCAAGAGCUACCAGUCUCAGGAGCAUGAUGAGUUAACGCUGGAGAAGGCAGACAUCCUUCAAGCUGUAACAAUUACAAGUGAUGGGUGGGUAGAAGGGAUCCGGUUGUCGGAUGGGGAGCGGGGCUGGUUCCCCAAAACUUACGUGGAGGAGAUCACAAGCCGCAGUGCUCGUUUGCGAAACUUCCGUGAAAACAUUCGCAUUAAAUGUGUCUCACAAAAAUUAGAGGGAGAGACUCUCUGAGACCUUGAAGUAUGGGGACAUUGUUUUAAGCUUCUUGCAUCUGCUUUAGCAAUCCAGAGUAAAUUUGUACAUCACUGCAAAUUUGUGUGAAUAUUCCAUGGCUAACAUUUUAGCUUUAUUAAGGUAUGCUGUAAAAAUCUAAACUAUGCAUUGCAUCUAUGGAGGACAAGUGCCACAUAAAAAUAAAAAUAAAUCAAUUAAUUUAUUAAACUGAAAAUAAAAAUGUAAAUAAAUAACUUUUGCAAAGUUUUUAAAAUGUAUUUAAAAAACAUUUUAAUUAAUUAUUAAAAUCAUGGUUGAAUAUUAAGAUAAAACAUGAUGCAUUUAAAAAAAAAUCAGUUAUUGUAUAAAUUCAAUUUUACAAAUUAAUUAAAAGAAAAAUAAAAGUUUUACAUAUCUAUUUUCAUUUUAAUGAAUUAUUGAUUUCAUCCUUAUCUGAUGCUACUAGUCCUCUUUAAUUAAGAAUUUUGCACUUCAGGUUUUAAGUAUCCCUAGCUCUUCAAGCGAUAUUACCUUGUUUACUUUAUAUGGCUCGCUUGCAAAGAAAUGCAUGUGUUGUUACUGCAUGUAGCAUAUGGUGCUGUGCUUUCUGACAGUCCAUAGAUGCACACUACUCAAAAUACUGCUGUCCCAGGCUCACCAUGUGGGUGGAUGAAAUCUGGAUAUGUCAGCUGUUAAAAUGUUUAGCAAAAUAACAAGAUCCAGUUUAAAUGGGUUAGUUUUAGGUGGUAUAGCAGCCAUUUCACUCUAAAAGUGUAUAAGGACUUCUCUCUGACUUGGUUAAAUAAAGUGAGAUUUCUUGUUGUUAGCAGAUUCACUGAACAGCCACACUCGCUUUUACUAGUGAAAAAUUGGAACCAAAUUUUGGAUUUUUUUUUUUAAUGAUUGUUGCUAUUGCAACAUAAAUUUAUGCCACUAGUCUUCAGUAGAUAAUCAUUUACUAAAUGGUACUGGCAUAAUAACAAGAAGUGUUCUUUCAAAUAAUGACCAUUAUUUAUGUCAGUGAUACUGCUGUUUGUGCAUUUGUUGUUUUGGUAAGGCAGAUUUUUUUGGGCAAUUUCUUUGUGGAGUACUGAUAUCCUGAGCAUGUUAAAUCACAUUUGAAAUAUAAUCCUUUAUGGUGACUUUGUAAAUAAAUAAAUGCAUAUAUUCUAGCUGAAAGUGUCUCAAGGGUCUGUAUGAGACCAAUACCAAAGAAAAGAAAAAAAAAAAAGAAAAAAAAGCUGAGCUUUCCAUUUGUGUGUAAAGUUAACCUUACUGUAACCAGGUUUCCCAGCCACGUAUGCACACAGCUACAACAAAGCAU